ACCAGUCAAACGCGUUGUGCUGCGUUGAACGUUCUCUGCGGAAAUCGCAAGCCAAGUCAGUCACAGCGUCAUUCAUAUUCGUCGUAUUUGCCGGUUGUGAGCGAAGUUUCGUUUGUAUAUUUUUGUGUUUCAUUUUUGUGGACUUCAUCCCCGAAAAACUACCUCACGCACAUAUCGCACCACAUCAACAUAGGACGUUUCCCCUUCUGCGGAAAUUUUGAAAGAAAAUAGCAGCUCACUGAAGAAAGAAAAGAGUGAAAUUGUGUAGAAUGUGUACCGAUUUUGGGGUAGAAAUGGGAAUUUGCCAUCUCAGCCUCAAAAAGUGUUCAAUCAAAUAGGGAAAAAUGCAAAUGCGAUUGCACACAUACGCAUCGACAAGUUGUAUGUAUUAGCGUUUGCGGCGAUUCAACUUGUGUCGAAGAAGACAAGAAAUAAAGUUCAUAGAAACCACAAAAUAAUUCUAACAAAACAGUUGCUAUUUGGACACGGUUAGCAUCAGACCUUCGUCGAUUAGUUGAUUCUUAGACAAUUUGAGUAUAGAAGGUGGCUAAUAAAAACUAAAAAUAAAGAGGUGAACUAUGUAUUUCUUCAAAUACCAACUCGUAUAAACUAAAAAGAAGAAGAAAAAAAAACAAUAUAAUAAAGACACCUGUGUGCGUAGUGGCGGCACAGGAAGGAACUGCGUUGGUACUUCAGACACGCCAGCUAAGAUACGCGCCUACAAAUACAAAGCACACGCACUACUUAUUUCACCACUUAAUAGUGCAAAGACAGUUUAAGUGAUACCAAAAACAAAAAUAAUACAAAAAACACACAUUCAUACAUAAAUACAUAUCCGUCUACGAUACGAAAUUGAUUAGAUUCUAAACGUCUGAAAUCUCGAUCAUUAAUACCGUCCACAUAGCAUACAUAUGUAGCAUAAGUACAUACAUCCAUGUAUAUAUAUGUACAUACAUACAUAUAUGUAUAUCAAAAAGUAACAACAAAGCAUAAUCAUUAGUAAACAUUAUCGAGUAGUAGCCAGCGCAUCGAGGUGUUUUGUGGGCAUACAUCUUAUCGGCCGUUUAGUUUUCUGCGAAACAUAAACGUGUCCAGGUCACACGCUCACUAAUGAACGCUCCAAGUAAUACCAUUCGAAUUUACAACUACUUACGUGUAUGUACAUAUGUGCAGCGAAAUAGAAUCUAACAUACAUAUAUUGCACGCGCUUACGAGCCACGAAAAAGCGCCCAUUUAUGUAGAACUCUACGCGAAUGUCAAAAAAUAUAACUCUUAAAAACAAAAACAAUAAAUGUUUCAAUUGCUAAAAAAAGCCUUGAGUGAAAACAAGUGCAACAAUUCACCACUGACACUAAGAUUAUUAUUAUUUUUUUUUUUAAAUAACAAUAACCCCUUGCAAAAGCAAAAUACUACCGUACAUAAUUCGUGAAAAUGGUUAUGUCGGAGCUACGUUGGAGCACAGGACCUAAAGACAAUAAUAAUUCGUUGAAGCAUGAUUUGUUGAGGACACCUACAAGUGGGCAUAUUAUGCAGAAUAGAUAUAUCAGUCGUUUGACUCGAUCGCCAUCGCCCCUGCAAUAUGCUGCCUCUGAUUGUGGGGAUAAUAAUUCGGCGACAGGGAAUUCAAGCGAUCGUUGUUUGUCCCCCCAAAGUCCGACAGCAUUUGCCACGCCACACGAAGAACACCAACAACAUCAUCAACUGCCCACUCUCAAGUCUCACUUGUUGGAUGUUUUGCACCGCUCUGACAAUGCGCAGGAGGGAAAAUUCUCCGCCGCACAAGAUGUUGAGCCUAUGAGAGACAUAGAGUCAGGUGCGCUCAAUUUGACCAGUGAAAGUUCUCGACAAAGCUUACAAUCGCCAUCGCCGUCUUUGAAGUCGUUGCGCGCCAGUCGUACGUCACCAGCAAUAACAACCGGUGAUUCUGCGGCUGUGCCCCUCUCCAACAACACAUAUCCCAUGCCAAACUUCUCAACACAACAGGCCCAAUUGGCUGCGGCGGCGAGCGCAAGCCUGAGCCUAGGUAGUCCGCUAUUUUCCCUCCCGCUCAGCACAUCGAUUUCCCCGCAAGACUUCACGCAGUUCCAGCAAGCGUUGCAACAACAGCAGACCGCUUUGCAUCAGCAGUUCCAAAAUUAUAUCGAUAUAUUGCGCAGCGGUGCGUUAGGGAUACCGCCCGAUGAUCCAAGCAUGGCCACUCAAGUCGCCGCAGCACAGUUCCUAUUUCACAGUCGCAUUCAAGCGCUCACACAAGCCACGCAACAGUUACAAUCACUGCAGAAGCAGCAGGAGCUGCAAAAACAGCCGCAUCUCCAUGCAUCACAACAACAACCAUUAGAAGAAACGCCGAAAUCUCGCAGUAUGCACACUUCUACGCCCACUCACACGCCCUUACAUAGUCCGGCAUCAUCGCCGUUGCCACUCCACACGAAUUUCAAUACCAGCACCCACAGUCAAAUAACGCCGCCCAAUCCAGGCACUAGCCUCAAGGUCAGCGGGAUACUUACACCGAACACUAUCAGUGGAGCCCCACAAACUCCCCAAAUGCUAAAACAUGCUGCUGGUGCGGCUCAGCGUUUAGGCGGUGAACCGUCGCCGGAAGAGACUACCGAUCUUGAGGAGCUGGAGCAGUUCGCCAAGACAUUCAAGCAACGACGCAUAAAGUUGGGCUUCACGCAAGGCGAUGUUGGCUUAGCCAUGGGCAAAUUGUACGGAAAUGAUUUCUCGCAGACGACGAUAUCGCGUUUUGAAGCAUUGAAUCUGAGCUUUAAGAAUAUGUGUAAGCUGAAGCCGCUGCUACAGAAAUGGCUGGAAGACGCAGAUCGUACGAUACAGGCGACCGGAGGAGUUUUCGAUCCUGCUGCCCUGCAAACAGUGAGUACACCGGAAGUUAUGGGUCGGCGGCGAAAAAAGCGUACGUCUAUUGAAACCUCAAUACGGGGAGCGCUAGAGAAAGCCUUCAUGAUGAAUCAGAAGCCGACAAGUGAAGAAAUCAGCCAACUGGCCGAUCGUCUAUGCAUGGAGAAAGAAGUGGUACGCGUUUGGUUUUGCAACCGACGACAGAAGGAGAAACGUAUCAACCCCUCAAUGGACAGUCCGACCGGUGACAAUGGCAGUGAAUCGCCCUACAUGAUGAUGAUGCACUAAAACACCCCUUCAAAUAGAGCAAAUGAAACAAAGUAAGAAUAUAACUAUUAAGUGUUUAAUUAGGCAAUCAAAGUAAAAUUUACAAAAGCGAAAAUUGAAAAUAAAAAAAUCUCCGUGCAGGUAUGGGUUUGUUUGUAGUCCAAAUAUAUACAUAUGUAUGUACAUAUGUAUUUUGAGCUUAAGAAGGUCUCAUUUUGAUACAAAAAAAAAUAAAAAUUUAUGUGCAUUCCUUAAUUGAAUAUUUUAUUAACAACUAAAUUCCUUUUUUUAAAUACAAUCUGAAGUUACCCUUGUGUGCAAGUUUAUUGAAAUAAGUUUAUGAAUCUAUGUUGUAUGUUCAUUUACAUAAUGUACAUAUGUACAUAUGUAUGUACGCAUGUGAAAAUUUAGUGAAAAGGGUAAAUAGUAUUAAAAAAAAUUGAGUUAUAUGUAUUUAUGUAAGCACCUACAUUACCAGCCAGUGUUGUGAGUGCGUUAGUGGGUAAUUUAGGCAUAAAAAAAGAAACAACUAAAACCAUAAAAACUUAUACUAAAUUAAGUGAAAAGUAAAUACAUGCAACCUUUAUAUUAAAAAAAAAAAAAAACAAAUAUUAUUUUCCAGGAAUGAACAGGGUAUGUAAAUACAUAAGCAUGACGACCACUAUAAUCUUACGUGACACUAUGUUAACUAUAAGUUAAAUGAAAACCACUAUAGUCAAGUUACGUUUAAAGUUUACUAGUAUAGAUAUUUUAAUGUAUGCACAUAUGUAUAUAUAUAUAUAUGUGUGUAAACUUCAUAUGUCCGUAGGUAUUAGGCACUUAGUAACUAACAGUAAGUUAGUAAC